CAGAAAUAUUUCAGAGUAAAGUUCUUAUAGAGUAUUGAAUUGAGAUACAAGUUCUUCCAGAGGUAUCACUUAGACGCAGUCGUCACACAGGAUCAUUGCGUCGCGUGCGAUGGAAAACGUUGAAAACGUGAAAGAAAAUCCGGAUUUGACAGCAGAGAAACGGAGCGGUCUGGUGAAGCGGCGGACUUCAGUUUCUAACAAGCUCAAGCGCUUGACAUCGGGUAAGCCAGUUGGAUUGGACCGGUCGAAGUCAACGGUCGGUCAGGCCUUGGAAGGGCUCAAGUUCAUCAGUAAGACCGACGGUCGCGAUGGUUGGACUGCAGUAGAGAAGCGGUUUGAUAAGAUCACGGCCAGUACUAAAGGAUGGUUGCUUCGGUCAAAAUUCGGUGAAUGCAUAGGGAUGAACUCGAAGGACUUUGCCUUGGAACUAUUCAACGCAUUAGCUAGAAAAAGGAUGGAUAAAGACGCCAAUGGAAGACUGGCCGAAGAUGAAGUUACUGAGAUCAUUAGUCUUAGUUCGUCUGCCAACCAUCUUUCAACCAUAAAGACAAAUGCAGAUGGAUAUGCAGCAAUGAUAAUGAAAGUGCUUGACAAAGAUAAUAUUGGAUACAUCAUGAUGGGUAGUCUUAAAUCCUUGCUUCUGGAAGCUGAAACACAUUCCAUCAGCACAAACAGUGAAGAAAGAAAGAAGUUGGGCGACAUGAUAAGUGACAAGCUUAAGCCUACACUUGACCCUAACCCGUUGAAGAGAUGGUGCCAUAAACUUAGAUUCUUCGUACUGGAUAACUGGCAAAGAAUUUGGGUAAUAGUGCUAUGGCUCAUGAUUAUGGCCAUCCUCUUCAUAUACAAAUAUAUUCAAUACAAGAAUAGAGAAGUGUAUGAAGUGUUGGGGCAUUGUGUGUGCUUGGCUAAAGGUGCAGCAGAGACACUGAAGCUGAACAUGGCCUUGAUUCUGUUACCUGUAUGCAGAAAUACCAUUACAUGGCUUAGAACUAAAACUAGUUUGGGUGUUAUUGUCCCCUUUGAUGACAACCUCAACUUUCAUCAGGUUAUAGCGGUGGGAAUUAUGAUAGGAGUAGCCAUACACUCGGUGACCCACUUGGCGUGCGAUUUUCCACGGCUAAUUGCGGCAACUCAAGAGAAAUACAUGCCUCUACGAAAAUUCUUUGGGGAAGAGCAACCAAAGAUAUACUUGCACUUUUUGAAGUCUAUAGAAGGAAUAACAGGGCUCAUAAUGGUUUUCUUGAUGGCAAUUGCUUUUACACUAGCUGUCCCUUGGUUCAGACGAGGGAAGCUCGAAAAAAAGCUUCCAGAGCCUCUAAAGAAACUAGCUAGCUUCAAUGCCUUCUGGUAUACUCACCAUUUGUUCGUGAUAGUCUACAUUCUUCUUGUCCUUCACGGAUACAACUUGUAUCUCAGCAAAGAAUGGUACAAGAAAAUGACGUGGAUGUACUUGGCAGUACCAGUAGCUGUCUAUACAUGUGAGAGAAUAAUACGAGCAUUUAGGCAUCCAUUUUCAAUAACUUCUGCACCACAAGACGACUAUUUAAGUGUUCAUAUAAAAUCACUGGGAGAUUGGACAAAGGCUAUCAAAGGAGUUUUCUCCGAGGUAUCUAUGCCACCUCCGGUCGGGGAGAUGUCGCAUGGUGCAAAUAAUUUCGAUUUCCCGAGAAUUAUGAUUGAUGGUCCGUACGGCGCACCAGCACAAGACUACAAGAAAUACGAGGUGGUUCUGCUGAUCGGCCUUGGGAUUGGAGCCACCCCAAUGAUAAGUAUUAUUAAGGACAUAAUCAAUAAUACAGAGACCAAAGAACUUUCUCAACUUGACCUAGCGAAGGUGGGAUCAGAACAUGAGCCACAAGGUGAAAAAGAAACUUUCAAGACGCGAAGGGCUUACUUCUACUGGGUAACAAGGGAGCAAGGCUCAUAUGAUUGGUUUAAGAACAUCAUGAACGAGAUUUCUGAGCGAGACAAGAGUAAAGUCAUAGAACUACACAACUAUUGCACUAGCGUCUAUGAAGAAGGAGACGUUCGUUCAGCGUUCAUACAUAUGCUUCAGUCUCUAAACCAUGCCAAGAGUGGUUUAGACAUUGUCUCUGGGACCAAGGUUAUGUCCUAUUUCGCCAAACCUAAUUGGGAAAACGUUUACAAACAGAUAGCCAUGGAUCACCCUGGCUCUAAUGUUGGUAUGCUCUCUCACUUUCCCUCAUACAUGGUUGGUUGGGUCUCUCUUGUAUUAACAAAAUUUAAUGUUGAUGCAUUGUUAAAGACAUGCUUGCAUCGACUUGCAUGAGAUUCUCAACGUCUUAUCGCACUAUCGAUUCAUAUCAUGCAAAGAUUAGUUUAGGCUCAUGUUUUUUUUUUUUGGUCUUGCAUUAUGUGGUAAUCUGGUAGUGGUACACAUACACUAGCCAAAACUAUUAUACUACAUGUCUUAGUAAACUUCAUGAGUUUCA